AAAAUCUCUAAUAAAAAAAGAGGAAACACGAUGCUUCCUCUUAAGACCAGACUAUUCAGAGUUGCAACGGUACCUAGAUCUGCGUAUGAAUUCAGGACAGCUUGCAAGCGAUGGGGUCAAACUUCCAAGCGAGCCUGUGUAAGCUUUUGCCCGACGCUUGCACCUCAGACACAGCCAUGAGCAGGCUGAGCUGCAUGGAGAGGGCUCUUCUGCUCAUCUCCUGUCUGAUCACCAGCCUCAUGCUGGCUUUGCUUCUCCUCCUUGCUCUCCAUGUGCCCUUUCUCUAUGGCUUCGAGGUCUCUGUCCCUGUCACUGGUGUGCUCUGGCUCUGCGUGACGCUGGCCACGUGCUUUUCUCUGAGAGCCCGCUGUUUCGGGAUUCUGUUGCUGAUCUCCAUCAGUUUGAAGGAGGGCAGGAAUCUGCUCAUCACGGCUGGGACGACGGCAAUUGUCUUCUUGAACAUUCAGAACUCACUGAGGAACCUCAGGGGACUGGCGAAGAGUCUCUUGUGCACUAUGGAGGAAAAGUUGCUGGAUGUCGACGUUUCUCCACUUAGCAAUUACAUCCAAUUGUUAAAAUGUGUAGCGAGCCAACUUAUGCAAGCCAUCAAAGAGAAGCCGAAUGUUUUUGGCAGGUACUACACAAGCUUCACACUUACACCAACUGUGCACUCGCAGAACUUCAAAGAUAAAAUAGCUGAAGCUGAAAGGACGCUGAACAAGACCACCGAGAAUGUGCUGGUGGCCAUCGAUACAGCUUCCUCAGUGGCAAAGAUAGUGUCUCCAGCCUUGGGCAUUCUGCUGCUCUUCGUCUUCACGGCCCUGUAUCUGAGAAGGUUUCGUUCUGACAGAGAGCACAACAUCUUCAUCACCCGAAACUUUCUGAAGUACGAUGAAGAACAGCGACUGCUGGGGAAGCCCUCCGUCUUCCCGCUCAGCCGGAAGGAGUCAGAACGUUACAUCAUGGUUCCGUCAGCUAGGUUCACGAGGAGGGAGGCAAAAACCAUGCUAAAAUUUAGUUUCCCGAUCGUAACCCACAGUAUGACCUGGAUGUUCUUCAUAGGAGUGGAUGCUCUGCUGUACUGGAUCAUCACCAUUCUUAGAAGGCAACUGGAGGAGCUGCAACCCCUUCAUGUCCCUGUGGUGCUAAAUGAGAAGAAGGAAAUACUUGUUGCAGGUGUUGGCUUCAAUGAAGACCAAAAGGUGUACAACUUUUCCUAUGAUGUGUUCAUCUUUGAAAAGAAGUGUUUACCAGCCCCAGAACUGUGGCUGUACAAAUCACUCAUGCCACUGUCAGGCAUUCUCGCCUUGCUGGUUCUUUUGGUUGUGGUAUCUUCAAAGCUUGACCAGCUGAGGGUCCUGGUGUCUGAACAAUUCUUUGCUGAUGUUGCUGAGGAGAGGAUUGCAGCGCUUCAUGCAAAGAUCCUGAGCAGGAGGUCCAAGUGGAAGGUCCAGACUAUACAACCAAGCCUGAAAUCAUUUGUGACUCAGCUCAGGUUUUGGUUCCCCAUUUUAUUGUCAUCAGAAACACAACAUGAAGAAAAUUCCAUGAAGUUUGUUUUCAGCUGAAUUCUACUGUUUUUGUGUCUCUUUUAUCUUACAGACUUGAAGUGUCCAAAAAUCUUUAUCUUGUAUAUUUUUGGUGAAACACAUGUAACUUGUACUGAUGUUAUGUGAGUUAUGGGGGUGGUGAACUCUAAGGCUAAAUGUGUGUGUGUGUGUGUGUGUGUGUGUGUGUGUG